AUGUUAAUUUAUGUUCUCAAACAAAUGCCACACGAUGAUCGUACGAUGCAUGAAAUGCUUGAUCAAUGCGCUGAAUAUUAUCAAAAUAAUCAAACAGAAUUAGCGAAAAUUGAACAAUUUCGAACAACUUAUACAAGUGAUCGAGCUAUUAAUUGGUAUACCGAUGAAUGUUUUCUCUAUAAACUUCUCAAUCAAGCUUUACGUACGGAAGAUAUUCAACUUCUCUAUUCAUUUCGUUUUUUCAUUAUUGAUCUUUGUGCCGAACUCGAACGAGAAAGCGAAAAGAUAAAGAAUGAAGGUCAUCUUACUGUCUAUCGUGGACAAAUGAUGCACAAAGAAGAAUUUCAUAAACUACAGCAUAGUAUCGGUGGAUUAAUUUCCACGAAUGGAUUUUUCUCAACGUCACGUGAUAUAAACAUCGCGUUUGGCUUUUUAACAAAAUCCAAUUCGACUAACGAAAGAGUUUUGUUCGAGAUUCAAGCCGAUCCGUCCAUACUUGGUGUCAUUUGUGCCGAUAUAUCUUCUAUGGGAUCGAUGCCUUGGGAACGAGAAGUUCUCUUCAGUCUCAAUACCGUAUUUCAGAUCGUCUCCGUGAACACCGAUUCGACACAUGAUGCUUGGAAAGUACAACUAGUUGCUAGUGAUCAAGGUGCACAAAAAGUAAACGAGUAUGUUAAAUGGCUUCAAAUCGAAAUCGACUAUUCGAGUCCAUUGGUUUAUUUUGGUCGACUUCUCUGGAGUGAAUUUGGUCAAUUGACUCAGGCAGAAAAUUAUUUCAAGAUGCUUCUUGAUACGUUACCAGUUGAUCAUCCGGACAUGGCAUCAGUCAACUUGGAAUUCAGCCAUGUCUAUGAUGAAAAAGGUGACUAUGAUUUGGCACUACAAUAUUCCGAACGCGCAUUACAUAUUCGACAGCAACAAAAACCUAUCGUUCCCCAUCGUCUUGCUGCCUGUUUGAAUAGUAUGGGUGUGAUCUACAGACAUAAGGGUGAUCUAGAUCGCGCUCUCGAUUACUAUCAACAGUCAUUAACUAAAUACGAAAAUGAAGUGUCCAGUGGUAAGCAUCUUCAUCAUGCUAAUACGUUGAGGAAUUUAGGUGGUGUACACAAAGACAAAGGUAAUUUCGAUAUAGCACUGGACUAUUUCACUCGUGCUUAUGAAAUAUAUCAAGAGCUUUUACCUGCUGAUCAUCCUCGUCUUGCCGAUGCUUUGUCAAACAUUGGAAGUAUCUAUCAUCAUCGAGAGGAUUUUGAUCAGGCUCUCGGUUUUUAUCAACAAGCUCUAGAUAUUCAAGAAAAGAAUUGUCUCGAUGAUCAUCUGCAAAAAGCAAAUACAAUUCGAAAUAUUGCUCUUAUAUAUCGCGAUAAAAAAGAUUGGAGCAAUGCCAUGAAUUAUUGCGAUCGUGCAUUGACUAUGUAUCGACGCCUCUUGUUUUUUUAUUUUUCAUUUAUUCAUAUAAAUCAAAUGACACUUCCACGUUUAUUUGCUCAUAUUGAUGGAAUUGAAGCUAUACUUGUACUUGAUAAAGAUGGUCAACCAAUAUUAAAAUUACCUACAGCUGAAAUUGUUGAUCAACUUGAUUUACGAACAAUUGCACCAUCAGCACAAACAUUACAAGAUCAAAGUUCACGAAUGAAUUUAAAAAAAUUAAAAACUGUUAUUGCAUAUUGGUCAGCACGUCAAAUAAUAACAUAUAAUGUUCCACCAUUAGUUUUUAUAAUUGCUGCUGAUACAAAUGUUAAUACAGGUGCAUUAGUUAAUUUAUAUAAUGAUUUUCAAACAAUAGCAAUAGAAGAUUUAGUUAAUAAAGCUUAG